AGAGACUGUGUGUGAGCUGGGCAGGCGGCGGCUUCACUCACUCAGUCAGCGAGCGAGGGAUCGAUCGAGCGAGGCCGUGAUGCGGCCUCCAGUGUCCGGGCCGUGGUCAUGGCUGUCGGCCUGGGCCCUGCUGCUGAGCUCCGGGCCCGGCUGCCUGGGCUGGGACACGGCCGAGAUGGAGCUCUUCGACCUGGUGGAGGACGUGCAGGAGAACUUUUACGGCUUCCUCGGAGUGGAGCAGGAUGCUUCAUCUGCAGACAUCAGGAAAGCUUAUCGGAAAAUGUCUUUGAUCUUGCACCCUGACAAGAACAAAGAUGAAAAUGCAGAAAUUCAAUUUAGACAGUUAGUGGCUAUCUAUGAAGUUCUGAAAGAUGAAGAGAAAAGACAAAGGUAUAAUGAGGUUUUGGAACAUGGACUGCCAGAUUGGCGACAGCCAGUUUUCUACUAUCGUAGAGUGAGGAAGAUGAGUAAUGUGGAACUUUCAUUGUUGCUUUUCAUUAUUCUGACUGUGGGCCAUUAUGCUGUGGUUUGGUCCAUUUACUUUGAGAAGCAAUUGGAUGACCUACUAAGCAAAAAGAAGCGAGAGAAAAAGAAGAAAACGAGCGGUAAAACUGCAGAUGAAGGAAAAGCUGGCGUUCCUGAGAAAAAUGAGAGAUCGAUUGAAAAGCCUCAAUGGCAGGACCUGUUGCCGUGCAAGAUAGGAAUCUGCUUUUAUUUCAUUCUGAAAUCAUUACCACAGUGCUAUCAGGCUAUUAAAGAUCUUUAUCUGGAAUGGAAAGUAAUGAAAGUGAAGGAACAAGAAGAGGCAGAGACUCAAGCUCAGUUUGAAGCAAUGCAGAAAGAAAAAAGGCCUAAAGUAAAGAAACCAAAAUCUGAGUUCCCAGAGUAUACAGCCCCUAAUUCUGGAGGUAUUACCUAUGUACCAUUGCACGAGGAAGCUUCUACUAUUGAGGAGAUUGAGGAGCAAAUGGCAGACUGGCUGGAUAGCAGGCCUCGAGGGCAGAAAAAGGCACCUCACUGGACAGAAGAGGACCUCAGCCAGCUGACAAGAAGUAUGGUUAAGUUCCCAGGGGGUACUCCAGGUCGAUGGGAAAAGAUUGCUCACGAAUUGGGUCGAUCAGUGGCAGAUGUUACAACCAAAGCUAAACAAGUCAAAGAUUUUGUUUCAGCGACACCAGGAACAGUAAAACUAUUUGAACUGAAGUCUGCAUCUCAGACUUUAAAGAGUGCUAAACGUGAAACAGCCCUACCUGACCACUUAAUUACUAAAAGGGAUGUGGAGGUUGAAGGAGAACAUGAAGGGUUUGAGAAUGGGGAUGAUCCAAGUAACUACACUGACAGACUUGCUGCAGAAACCAGGCUUCGGAAACGGAAAGCUGCUAAAACCUCAGAGCAAACUUUUAUGAUCCAAGAAGAAACGGAGCAGAAACAGAAAGGAAGGCGGCAGAGGGACUUUGAUAAUGCAGAAGCGGAUGAUGAUGAGAGUGAUGAGGAGAAGAAUAGGAAAGCAAGAGUUCGGUCUUCUGAAGAGACCGUUGAAUUGUGGAAUCAAAAUCAACAAAAAUUGCUUGAACUAGCCUUACAGCAGUAUCCAAAGGGAACUUCUGAACGCUGGGACAAAAUAGCAAAAUGUGUACCAGGAAAAACAAAGGAUGAAUGCAUAAUCAGAUACAAAUUAUUGGCCGAGCUGGUUAUGAAGAGGAAGCAAGCCAAAAGCUGACUGAAAAUAGAAGCAAUGAGCACGGCGGUGUGUCUCCCCGGAAGCAGUAAUGCGCUGUGGACAAAACUCUUGUGUAAACCUGGACCCUAGUUGUAUAUGACUUACCUCACUCUUUGUUUCUGCCAAUGUCGUGUGCCUUAGUUUAAAAAUGAAUCAAUGUGCCACCAUCUCGUACAGAAUAAUCGGGACUUACUUUGGAAUCCAUUUGUUUCAUUAAACGCCAUGUACACAUGGAUAGUUUUAAAUUUGUUCAUAAAGUAACUUUCUGUA